AUGAUAAACCUGCUGCUCUCGACCAUCUCACGGCAGCAAAUACACACAACCACAGCAGCAGCAGUAGUAGCAGCAGCAGCAGCAGCAGCAACGCGGAAGGGGAACGCCUCGACUCCUCGGCAGCAGCAGCAAUUGCUGCAGCAGCAGCACCAGCAACCGCGCCAGCACCAGCAGCAGCAGCAACAGCAGCAGCAGCAGCAGCAGCAGCAGCAGCAGCAGCAGCAGCUGUCUGUAGAGCGACACCGACCGCAGGAAAUUCUGAGGGCCUUGGGCCACCAUGUUGAAGGCCUGCGUGCUCUGGCUGGGGGCCUGGAGAGCAGCAACAGCAGCAGCAGCGGCUGCAGCAGCAUCAGCGAUAGCAGCAGCAGCGAGGAGGAGAGCAGCAGCAGCGGGUACAGCCGCAGCAGCAGCAGCAUCUCACGCGUCUCCUGCAGCAGGAAAACCAGCCACGGCAAUGCUCAUGGUGCCUCCAGCAGCAACAAGGAGCAGCAGCAGCAGCAGCAACAGCAGCAGCAGCAGCAGCAGCAGGGACUCCGUCGUCGGCACUCGCGGAUGCGUAGAUCAGGGCCAGACGGUUUGAACACAUCAUCUGCAGCAGCAGCAGCAGCAGCAGCAAGAAGGAGCAGGUAG